UAACGCCGUCUUUUACCACAGGCAGUCAUGUGAAAUUUGAGUUGACGUUAGUUCAGUGGGAGGGUGGAACCUACCAUAUAAAGUGCUGGGUUUUUUGAGAGGAGGAAGUGAGAAGCGUGUGUGAGAGAAAACUCAAAUCACUCUGCAGGCACAAGAUGUUGCUGCUCACUUUGUGGAUGUUUGUGGGAGUGACGGGGUGGAAUGUAGUGUCCUCCGUCCUGUGUCCCGAUGGGAAGCGCUGUCCUGAUUUAUCAACCUGCUGUCCCACCAGUCAUGGGUAUGGCUGCUGUAUUUACCCACAGGCGGUGUGCUGUGCCGACGGGUCUCACUGCUGCCCAUCGGGUUAUCACUGCAACUUGCUUACAAUGAUGUGCGAGAAAGAAAACCAGCCGUGGAUGAACGUGCCCAUGCUGAAGGAGCUGGCAGAGGGGGAACCACAAAAACCUGUUGAGAAACCCGACAACGCCCUCAUCUCGGACCAUUCUGUAGAGAAACAGAACUCAAAUAUUGUUUACUGUGACAACUAUCAUUACUGUUACGAUGGCACCACCUGCUGCAGAUACACUUUCAGUGGCUGGUACUGUUGCCCCUACUCCCCCGGUCAGUGCUGUCGGGAUGGCUUACACUGCUGUCCAUUUGGAUAUGACUGUGACUCCACCUUCACCCACUGUGUGAGGCGAAACCUUCGAUAUCCCUUCCUGGUGAAACAAGAGCAACUUUCCGUCCCUGCCUCUCACAUCUCAACUGUUGAAAACAACGACAGCCAUCAAGAGAUGCCUAUGAGGGCUCUAUCAGAGUCCACCAAGGUGGGAGUUAUUCGCUGUGAUUCUGAGUUCUAUUGCUCAGAUGGAACAUCUUGCUGCAAAGUACCAGGAUCAACCAGCCAGUGGAACUGCUGUCCAUAUAAACUGGGUCAGUGUUGCAACGAUGGUAAACACUGCUGUCCGUUUAACUACACCUGUGACCCGACCUCCAAGACCUGCCAACAAAAGUACAAUCAAGUGCCCUUUGAAACAAAACCCGCCAAGAAAGACUGAGGAGAUGUUAAGGUGUCUGUGCCCCAGAUGUCAUUUUGAUGGGUUUUUAUAUUUUCUGUAACAUUUUAACAGUGCUUCACAAAGACCAGUCACCAACAUGUAUGAGAUAUGGAAUCAUUUUAAGACUUAAAAAGAAUUUUAUUGAAUACAUUGCUUGUUUCGAACCUCA